AUGUCGAAGCACAUGGAAUACACUUCUUGCACAAGAGAUUGCCCCACGAUGGAGAACUUGGAGAGGCAGCUGAUCUGCCCCAUUUGCUUGGAGAUGUUCACCAAACCUGUGGUCAUCCUCCCGUGCCAGCACAACCUGUGCAGGAAAUGUGCCAAUGAUAUUUUCCAGUCUCGAGGGACAACCCUGGGGUCUGCAGGGAGAUUCCGCUGCCCAUCUUGCCGCCAUGAAGUUGUCCUGGAUAGACACGGCAUCUAUGGCCUGCAACGGAAUCUACUCGUGGAGAACAUCAUUGAUAUCUACAAGCAAGCAUCAGCAAGAGGACCAGAAAGACCUCUGUUAAAAACCGAGCAUCCAAUCUGCGAAGAGCAUGAAGAAGAAAGGAUCAACAUUUAUUGUGUGACCUGCGCUGUUCCCACUUGCUCCCUGUGCAAGAUUUUCGGAGAACACAAGGAAUGUGAAGUAGCCCCACUGCAGGACAUCUGCACAAAGCAGAAGGCAGAGCUGACUGAUGGAAUUGGAGCCCUUGUGGCAACCAACGACAGGAGCCAAGCCUAUGUUGGGGAACUUCAAGGCAGAUGCAGGAAUAUUGAGGCUAACUGCAAAGCUCAGAAGCAGGCGCUGUGCGAGAAGUUUGACCGGAUGGGGGCUAUUUUGGAAGAGAGGAGAAAGAUCAUGCUGCAAAGGAUCACUUAUGAGCAGGAAGGCAAGAUGCAGCAUUUGAAAGCACUGAGCAAAGUGUGCAGUGACCACAUUGAAUCUUCUUCCAAGCUGGUGGACACAGCCCUGCAAUCCAUGGAAGAGCCUCAGAUGUCUGUUUUUGUGCAGAAUGCCAAAGUUCUCAUCAAAAGGAUUGGGGAGAUGAGCCAGAGCUGCAAACCAGAAGUCUUGGAGCCAGGAUAUGACAACAUGGAGCACUACACAGUGGACUUCAAUGCGGAGGAACGAAUUCUCUAUCAAUUGGAUUUCAUUAAAGUUGAAGACCCUGAAGCGGAGCCUGAAGAAGAAGGGGGCUGUGGGGAACCAGAGGACACUUUAGGAGAGGCUGAAGCAGGAGCUGGUGAGAGGAAAGAGGACCUUGAAGACCUUUUUGCCCUUGGAAAGGAGGAGCAGGGGCAAGGAAGAUCUCUUCUGGCCAAUGGGACUCUGAAUGGUGCUGCUGAUGGGGCAGUAGCUUCAACCCAAGAGGUCACUCAGUCUCUAGCUGAAACUAUGGCUGGCAGAGAAGGCCGUCUGUGGGCUACCCAGCAGAGUCAGAUGGAUGGAGGAUUCCAGGUGACUGACUCCAGGUCUCCAUCACCUCUACCUGAGGAUGACUUGACGGAUAACGUACUUACUCAAAGCAUGGGACAACCUCAUGGAGAAGCCUUCAGCACCAUGGACAGCUCAGCAGGGAAUGAAGAGGGUGGUGGCCAGGACUGCAGCCAAGAAGCUGAAGCAGAACAUCUCCUGAAUGGAAUGGCAUCAACCACCAGCCAGGGUCCUGUCUCCAAUCCCACAGCUGACCUAUGGAGGAAUGAGGACUUCACGGAACCUCUCCUUAGCAGCUGCUUCAAUCCUACUCUUUGGCUCCACAAUUAAGGGAAGUUGGUGGAAGAUCAGCUCUGCCCCACUUCUCUGGCUCCCUGCUGACAUUUUUCUGCAAUGCAAACUUCCAAAUCCCUAGCAGAGUUUGGAGCAUCACCCAAUCAGAUCUUCCUGCAGCAAGACAAGAAGCUCCAUUGCAAGAGUUACAGAUCCUGAACUGCAAUGUCACAAUUAGCGAAUGAAGCAUAUUUAACUAGGGAUGGGUCAUCUUUAUGGCCUGGUAGGGUUUCACCGGCACUGUCACAAAAUGGCUGCCCCAAUGGUUGUAAAAGUAAAGAUGCUCCUAAGCUAAGCUCAACUCUGGCGACUUGAAAGACAAAUCCAUGUAGGUUGUUCUGUUUUGUUUAGCCACAUCACAGAAGUGACUUGCCAUUGUCUUAUUCUGGGAUGUUUUUAAUGACUUCCCAAUUGUCAACCUCCCUAGGCAGACCACGCCAACUCCACAUGAAGACCAGAACUACACUUUUUUUUUAAGAGGCCAUAAUAACAGAACCUUUCAAGUCUGAUUGUGCUGUACCUCCCUUCCUUAUACCCCAAUAAAUCAGAGUGACACUCGCCCAAGCAGCUUCUGAAUAUUACCUUG